AUGAUAAACAUCCAAAUUAUGAUAAAUAUCAAACCUAAAUAAAAGUUAAAACCUCGAAUAUCACCAAUAUCUGAAUUAGAAAUCAGAUUAUCUUUAUAAGUUAUAAAAGUAACUAUAAAAGAUGUGAAAUAUAUGAGAUAAAAUAAUUAAAACAACGGAGGGGGCCAAAUGAAUUGA